AUGGACACCACCAGCGAGACAUCGGUUACAGUUGAGCAACUUCCUCCUGUCACGCCAAAUAUGGAACCACAUUCAACAACAGACACGGGUGCAACGACAGUCGCUCUGGACGCGCCGAUCAGCGACGCUCCAGAGUCUUCGACAGACCAAUUGAACAACGCCAUGGAGUCUCCCUUACUAAUGCCAGAACAAAAUAUAUCAUCUCAAGAUACUAGUGCUGAUGAGCAUGAGCCUACCAUUCGGUCUGAUAUCUCUGCCCCUCCACGACCCCCACCUCCGGAGGUCGAACAUGCUUAUUGGGCGGAGAUGGAGGAGGAUACCUCGGUCCCGGACGAGGCUGAGAUGAAGGAAAUCGAGUCUGCCGCUGAUGGGGACUAUAGCGCUUACGAAUACUCUUACUGGGAGAAGAACUUCCACCCGGAUCUGGACGAUCCCGAGUAUCGUCCCGUUGAGAAGGCUCGUCUUACAUGGAAAAUUAAUGGUGUUAGAGGCACAAAAGAUCAUCCCAAUCGGUCCAAGGUCAUGCGCUCUCCAGCCGCCUACAUCGGCGGCUACUGGUGGUCCAUCAAGUUUUUCCCCCGCGGAAACAACGUCGGUUCCCUGAGCAUCUAUCUUGAAUGCUCGCCCACUAUGCCCCCUCCUGACAAGACUUUACCCGAUACCGAGUUUAAAGUGCUCCGGGGUCCAGCUGAUGUAGAUAUUAAUGGCCAUGCUCCCGAUCUGGACCUCAGGUUUGGCCAUACAGAUGACCCCGCAGCUUGGCUGGAGAACUACAAGUCACAUUAUCCACCGGCUGCCAAGGAAGAAAAGACAAUUUCCAACACUUGGAGAGUUUCGGCACAGAUUGGUGUCAUCUUAUACAAUCCAGAUGAACCACGGACUGGAUGGAUGCAGUCAUCUUGCCAUCAAUUCAAUCCACACAAUCUUGACUGGGGCUGGACUAGCUUCCAUGGCCCGUGGGAUCAGAUCCACCGCCGGCAGCGGGGCCAGCGUCAGGCACUACUCCGCAAUGAUACCUUGGCGUUUGAUGCCUACAUCCGUAUCAUUGACGACCCUACUCACUCGUUGUGGUGGCAUCCCAGUGAUUCGGAGCCUACCUGGGAUAGUCUAGGGCUCACGGGCUACCGCCCGCUUGGAGAUUCCGUUAUCAACCACAGUGCCGAGGUCGCGGGGCUAGCCACAUGGUUACAUAUUGCACCUUUCUGCAAAAUCAUUCAAAACGCCAACAUUGUUGAACAUCACGCCAACUGUGACGUCAAGCCCAAGCCGCUCUGUGAUGCGCUGCAGAGGUUCCUCUGGCAACUACGCUCUCGUAAAAAUUCUCUUCAGUAUGUGGACACGGACAUCAUCACAUCUACGCUGCGCAAUCUGCAUGAGUAUUCCGGAGAUGUAUGUGAUUUCUGGGAACGCUUGCGACGCACCCUCGAGUUGGAACUUGCAGGUACAAGUGCGGUGAAAGACCUGGCUGCGCUGUUCGAUAGCCCAACCCCUGAUCUACUUCUCCAGGAGGCUCAAGGAUCAGAUGUGGUCAACACUAUCCCAAAGGAUUUCAAUUCACGUAUUUGUGUGCCUGCCGACCAGGUAAAGACAAUACAUGAAGCCCUCAGCAAUUACCUGGGUUCCAAACCAGGCCGUUGGGCACUGCCGCCUAUUCUUCAUGUGGAGCUAAGUCGCCAAAAGCUCGACAAAGCAGCCCGGCAAUGGCGGUUAAUCUACAAUCGAGUUGACCUGGACGAAGAGCUGGACCUUUCGCCAUGGCUACUACAUGGUCAGCGCGGAAAGUAUGUCCUGUACGGUUACAUCGUCCAUCGGGGUCGACGCACUUCGGGUAAAUUCUUCAGCAUUCUUCGCCCCGGUGGUCCUGGAACUAAGUGGCUGGCAUUUGAUGACGGAAGCGAUAAUCGUGUUGAGUGUUUAACACGUAAAACAGCCUUGGGACAUCAUCUAGGGCUAGACGCAAGUCAGAAGGUCGACCAUAAAACCGGCCAUGAUGUUGCCAUUGCGGCGAUGUAUAUCCGCAGUGACCUCGUGUCGCAGUAUCUACCGGGCCCUCAAGGGCCAUGGGCUGCGUCUCCAGCCAUGAAAGAAUAUUAUGAACGUGGAAUUUAUCCCUACGCAGAGUCGCCUGACAGGAAAACAACGGAGGACAUUCAAGUCGAAGUCUACUCUGCUCCACAAUAUGAUAAGCUCGACAGCUUGUUCGACACAUACGAUCUGAUGUCGCAGGCGAAGGCAGCCAAUAAGGUCAUGUACCUGACAGUGCCCCGGUCAACGAAUCUGAUUGAGCUGCGCAAGAAGAUUGCUCUGUGGGCUUCUGCAGGCGCCCAAGAUCAGGCAGGCCCAGAGCAUAUUCGGCUCUGGCAGAUUGGGCAUACUCGCGAUCGGUUCGGUCCUACGCUCGCGUUCUCUCGGGUAUCAGACCUGAGAACCACAUUGAAUCUGCCCAUGAAGACAGCUCGUUUCUGGAUACAGGUGGUCUCAAAUGUGGACGCAAAGUAUUUUGCCAUGGCGGAUCCGCGGGAAGUGGAAGUCCCACAGACCAAGCCUGAGGAGGCUAUUUUCGAACGUGAAGACUCUGAUUCCUCUGACGAUCAGCAAUCUAUUGCUGAAGUCGAGGCUGCACAGGCAGGCCCAUCUGGCACCGCUUCUCGCGUGGAUGACACUGUGCAAGUCGUGACUGCAGACGCCUCUUCCGAACACUCUAUUAAUGUUACCGAAAACUUGGGAGAUGGUGUUGCAGCAUCACUGGAGAUGACUCACCCCGAAGAUGACAUCCCUAACGGGGCUGGAAAUGAUACUGUCAUUGCUGCAAUAAUCGCUGAGGAUAUCCAACAGAUGGAAACGGAGCAAUCAACAGACACUCCUCAAACCAACGAUGUCACAAACGAGCCCCAGUCUGUUGAAGUCAGCACAGAGUCCUCUCCAACUGAUGAUACUUCUGCACAUCCAAUGGAGCCGGAGCCCACAUUACCGGUGGACCAUGUGUAUUAUUUCAUCCAAAUUUUUGAUGUGGAGGCACAGGCUUUGCGAACUGUCGGAUCAUUUUUCUCUCAGAAGGAAGAGACUAUCAAGGCUGCAGUGCGGAAGCACUUGCAAUGGCCCGUGAGCAAAGACUUUCAGGUCUGGCAGCGCGUGGAUGGCACUACGGUGACAACUAUGUCCUCUGCCGAGACAUUUAAUGUGUUCGUGCCCGAUGGUACUUGCUUCAUCGUUGGAGACAAGAUGAACAAGGACAAACGUUUGAAGCUUAACCAGCAAGGUUUACUAGCCAACCCUGAUCAGCUGGUGCGGUAUCUGUGGGCCAAAUCCCGCAAUCACCCCAUCAAGGCAUUUACUGGUUUCAAGACCAUCGAAGCAUCAUUCACCAAUGAAUUUUAUAGCGGUGAUCUGAACAAAGGAUACUACCAUGGUAAAGGAAAGCAUGUCUCCGAUUCAGCCGCUACUUACGAUGGGGAUUUCGUCCUCGGAAAGCGUCACGGUAAGGGAUACAUGGAGUAUCCUAUUGGCGAUACCUAUGAUGGAGAUUGGUUCGAGAACCAGUGUCAUGGCCAGGGCACCUUCAUCGAAAAGAAGACAGGCAACAAGUACGUGGGUGGUUACAAAGAUGGUAAGCGUCAUGGAAAGGGUAUUAGCUACUGGGAAGUAGCCGACGAAGAGAUGGAUCUAUGCCAGAUCUGUUACUGCGAAGAGCAAGAUGCCCUAUUCUAUGACUGUGGCCACGUCUGUGCCUGUGUCACCUGCGCACGCCAGGUGGAAAUCUGCCCGAUCUGUCGGAAGAACAUUAUCAGCGUCGUCAAGAUCUACAGGACAUAA